UUCUAUCGUUUGGCCCUCAUUGCUGUCAGUUUAAUUUCAAACGUUAUCGAGUGAAUAAGCCAAAGAAAUUAAAGGGAAAUUUUCGAAACACAGAACGGAAUUUUGUUGUAUUCAAAUAAUGAAUCGUUUUGAGCAUUUGCCGAUCGGUUUGCGAUUUCUUCUCAUAAGCCUAAUACUAUGCAAUGCAGCAGUCCAAAACACAGCAGCAAAACAUGAGGAACAUCUUGAGACUGAAAAUACUAGCAGUGAACAAAAACGUCCGGUAACAUCGUAUUAUCGUCACAACAUUUAUGGUCCCAACACCUAUGCUUUUGGCUUUGAGGUGCACGACAAAGUCACUGGCAACAUUCAAUUCAGAGAUGAAAAACGUUUCGGCAAUGGCAGCAUAAAAGGCUCAUAUGGUUAUGUAAAGCCGGAUGGCAGCGUAACGGUAACACAUUUUAUGGCCGACAAAGAUCAGGGCUAUUCAAGUCAGACGGAAAAUUUCGAACCUGGAGAGCAGGAAAAAUGGGCAGAUAAUUGGCCAACAAAGAAACCAAAUAUUCUAAUGGAAAAACCACCGGAGUCGGUGCAGCCUGAAGUGCGUUAUGAUGAGAAGGAGAAGCUGAAUUUAACAUCAGUGCUAUUGCCGGUGGAACCCAUUAAAGCCGAACAUGGUAUUGAUUUAAAUCCUGAAAAAUUGGAAAAGGCUAUUGUCAACCCGGCUGUGCUGGAAGUGAUUAAUGGUGAAACUCCGCUCUUGGCGAAUGAUAAGAAGAAAUCACCCGGCAUAGGUUUUGCAACAUUCAAUGAAUUUAUACCACCGGAAUUUCCCAAGGCGCCAUUUGAAUUGCCUCUGAAUACUAUCGGGAAUAAGGAAGAUCCCAAGAAAAAAGAAGAAUCAAAUGACAAUGCAGAAACCAAAAACAACAAUAAGUAUGAUGAGAGAAAAAUAAACAAUUCAGAGAAGGUAUUAAAUGCUCCCGAUUUGGGACCAUCGUCGACUGACAAAUAUGUGAAAUCCAAGGAAAAUAAUGCCGAGAAGUCUCUGCCUCCGGAAACUUUGAGAAUAUCUGAAGAUUCUGAGAAUGAUGGCAAAUUUUAUGGUGCAGCCAAGGGGAGAUCUCUGAAAUUUGAAAAUAGCGCUGAUUGGUAUGAUCGCAUUAUAAGCCAAAAUCGUAAAGAGUAUUUGGAAGAUUUGGAGUGAUAAAGUUUUAAAAAUA